GACACACCCACCCAUUUCCACUACCUGUGAGUCCAAACUGAGGGACACACCUACCCACCUCCAUACCUGUGAGUCCAAACUGAGGGACACACCCACCCAUUUCCACUACCUGUGAGUCCAAACUGAGGGACACACUUACCCAUCUCCAUACCUGUGAGUCCAAACUGAGGGACACACCCCUCACCUCCAUACCUGCCGCUGCCGGUCAGCAGGUUAAUGGAUAAUAGAUAAACCUCGUACUUUAGAAGUCAUACCGAAACUAGCCCCAGACUUUCACACCACACUGGAUAAACAGUAACCGGGGCUUUUCUAGGAUGAAUACAACACGGAAGUUUUCAACCACUCGCCGCAUAUGUGAUUUCAACCAAUGGAACUCAUUAAUUUAACACAAAUCGUCACCUUUUGUUGCCGGUUUUAAGCUAACACAAGCUAGCUAACAUUAGCUAGCUAACAUUAGCUCUGGAGCACAAGCGGAAAUAAGGAGAUCCGGCUGACCCCAGGACCCUAACCCCCCUUUGACCUUUGACCUGCUGGACAUGGACCGGUACAGGUAUUUCAUUUUCAACCAGAGGAGUGUGCUGGUCCUGGGGAUCCUGCAGGUAGCCUGUGCGGGAAUCUGUGUGGUGUGCGGAUGUAUGGACGCGGUUUUCCGCAAGAGUACCCCCCUGAGCAGCAGCAGGACCCCAGUGUGGGGAGGGCUGAUCAUGGCUCUUCCAGGUGCUUUGGCGUUAUUUGCCUCACAAAGAAAAAACUCAGUAAUGGUCAGUGUGAUGGUGGCGGCUGCAGGACUGUCCUGUGCAGCCUCUGUGUUUGUAUCGGCUUAUUCCUGUCUGACUCUGACCUACGGCGAGGAGGAUGAAGAGGUCUUCCACCACCAUGACAGUCCUCAAGUGACGUUUGUGCUGCAUGGGCUGGUGAAGGGGGCCAAUGCCACCAUCCUGCUGACCUGCACCACCAGCAUGUGUCUGUCCUCUCUGAUCAUGUUGGUGGGCUGCCGCAGCCUGCCCUGCUGUGGCUGCUACGACUCCAGAACGGGACUGGAGACUCUCGUUCCUCAGUGUGACCCCAGGGACACCGAGAUGGUGUGCACAUGGAGAGCAGGAGGUGAUGACAAACUCUUCAACUCUCCCAUCCACCUGGACAGCACUGAAAAAGAGGAGGGGCCGUCCAAGCCCCCCCCGUACAGCAGACUGACCUCAGAGCAGACCUGACUGUGCUCAGACAACACAGGAGAGUUUAAAUGAUUACAUGUAAUUAAGACUGAGUCACUACUGAGGCUGACUGUGCAACAGUCUGGAUGGAAGAAGGGGAAAGCUAUAAAGAAAUUCCUUUAUUCAGUUGGAACGAGCACUUUGGACUGUGGACCUCAGUAAAAAACCGGACGUAAACCUUGCCACAGUUGGAUACCUGUAUGUGUGAGGGACUGUGACUGAAAUGCCUGCUUUGUUUUAUGUAAUGUGCAAGUGAGUAAUGCUCUUCAUUCAUAAAUCUAAACAGCCUUUUGCAUCUAUUUAAUUAAUAAAACCUGACUGAUUAGUAAUUCUGUCACGUGAUUCUCUAAAUCAUGGGUUCUCAAUUUUUUUUUUUUUCCAACUUCAUU